AUGGCCUGGCUUGUCCUCUUCCUCCUGAGCCAUCUCUGGGCUACAGCUGGGACCUCUACCCAGGUCAGAAGCUCAUGCUCUGUCCCCUCAGAAGAGGAGCCCUGGGUCGAUCGCAUACAAGUGCUCAUGGAGAACUCAGUGACCCGGUCAUCCUACCCCAACCCCAGCAUCCUGAUUGCGAUGAACUUGGCUGGACCCUACAAUGUGGAGGCACAGAAGCUCCUGACUGAAGAGCUUGUUGCCAGUGACACUGCUGACCUAACCAUGGGACAACUUGCCCUCAACAUCAUGGCCCUCACCUCCUCCUGCAGAGACACUGCGAGCAAAGUGUCAGUUCUACAAAGAGAAAUGCAGAGAUGGACACCACCAGGACCCCAUGAAGAAGCUGUAGCCUUCUAUGGGCCCAGCCUGGCAGUCUUGGCUCUGUGCCAGAAGAACUCAGAGGCCACCUUGCCUGUAGCUGCAGGCUUUGCCAAGGCGCUACUGGCUAACACCUCUCCCUUUGAUGUAGACACAGGAGCGGUAGCGACCUUGGCUUUGACAUGCAUGUACAACAGGACCCCUGUGGGUUCUGGGUACAGUUACAGAACCCUGUUUGGCCAAGUGCUGAAGAGCAUUGUGGAGAAUAUCAGCAGGCGGGUCACAGACAGCGGCAUCAUUGGAGACAUUUAUAGUACUGGCCUCGCCAUGCAGGCGCUGUCUGUGACCCCUGAGCAGCCCAGCAAGAAGUGGGACUGUGAGAAGACGAUGGCUACCGUGCUCGAUGAGAUCAAGCAGGGGAAAUUCCAGAAUCCUAUGUCCGUUGCCCAAAUCCUGCCAUCUCUGAAGGGCAAGACCUACUUAGAUGUGCCCCAUGUGAAAUGUGGUUCUGAUCAAGUGACACCACCGUCUGACCCCAUCUUUCCCAGCCCAGCUCCCACAUCAACAUCUAACAUCACAGUCAUGUACACCAUAAACAACCAGCUGAGAGGGGUGGAGCUGCUCUUCAAUGUGACCACCGAGGUCAGCGUGAAAGAGGGUUCAGUGCUCCUGGUCGUCCUACAGGAAGCCCAGCGCAAAAGUGCUACGUUCAAAUUUGAAACAGUGAUGACAUCCUGGGGUCUUAUGGUUACUUCUAUCAAUAACAUUGCUGAAAACGCCAAUCACAAGACUUACUGGCAGUUCCUGAGUAAUGGGACACCUUUGGAUGCAGGGGUGGCUGAGUAUGUACCCUUCAAUCACGAGCACAUCUUAGCCAACUUCACCCAGUACUGAGAAGGAGGUGGAUGAACACCUUCAACAGUUGGGUGAAGAUUUUGCCCUUGUUUUCAAGUCUUUGCAAAGCAAUGGAUAUCUAUGACCCUCUCCUGUUCCUGGUCAAAAUACAGAAACCUCUGUGUUGAAUAAAUGACCCCCCAACAUGUGACUCAUGAAAAUAAAACCUCCAGCUUCUGAAUACAA